CAAAAACGUUCUUCUCUUGGAAUUUUGGGUUUAUUAUAUCAACCCCGUUCUAUAUUUAAACAAUGAUCACUGAUACGUAGUUGUGUAAUUUUACUCUUUAUAUUUUUGGUAAGAUUGGUUUGAAGAUAGAAGGGAACAAAAUUUGGAACAAAAAUAUUACUGAAAAGCAUCAGUUUACUGUCCACAGCUCCAGAUUUGAUUGUUUGUAGUUUGAUUCGUAUAACUACCUGAUUGAUGUCGGUGUGGAAAACAGAUAAACAGCUACCAGUGACUAAUACUACUACUACACUAGUGAUUCCUGGAAUUUUCUAAUUAAUGUCAGAUAAAAUGAACUGAGUUAAAAGACUUAAAUCAGCCAUGCCGGAUAGACAUUUUAUGGAAACGAUUGAAGACUUUAUGAAAACAUUCAAAAAUAAUUCACAAAAUUUAUCAGCAGCUCAUGCCUUUAUUCUUCAUACGGCAAAUGUAACAGGCAACUCAAGCUCGAGUACAAAAGGACAUAAUGAAUCUGGCGAUAUUAUAAGGAACAUUUUGCUUGUAUUAGCGUAUGGAACGUUGACUUUCAUCUCCUUGUUUGGUAACAGUAUCGUCUGCUAUGUUAUCAUUCGAAACAAAAGGAUGUACACAGUUACGAAUUUCUUCAUUGCUAAUAUGGCAAUGUCGGAUUUGUUGUUGACUUGUUUUAACGUUCCGUUUAAUAUAGCAAAGAACUUAGUGACUGAAUGGCCAUUUGGAGACUUCCUCUGCCAUUUUGUUAAUCUAUCCUUGAUGGUAUCGGUAUAUGUGUCAACGUUCACACUUACGUCUAUUGCGUUAGACCGUCAAAGGGUAAUUUUAUAUCCUUUGAAACCGCGGAUAACUAAACCAGUUGGUUUGGGUAUCCUGGCAGUUAUAUGGAUAGUCGCCAUUUUGUUCUCAUUGCCUUAUGGAAUUUACAACAAAGUUCAAAAUGUAAGUUGGUUGACAAAAAAUGUACGACGUUGUCGACAAUCUUUUCCUGAGCCGGCGGAAUUGUUUGAACAAUGUUUGACUUUGAUAACUAUGAUACUUCAAUAUAUCAUUCCACUUACAAUUAUUGCCAUAUCAUACGGUAGAAUCGUAAGAAAACUUUGGUUAAGGAGCAGUCUAGGUGCUGUAACUCAAAAUCAACAAGUUUUACAUGCUAGGGCCAAGCGAAAGAGUAUAAAACUUUUGAUAACAGUCGUUGUUGUAUUUGGAUUGUGUUGGAUGCCAAUAAAUCUGUAUCACUUACUGACAGAUUUUCAUCCAAAUGCUGCAAUUUUUCAUUAUGACAGUACAACGUUUUUCAUCUUGCACUGGAUAGCGAUUAGCAGCACGUGUUAUAAUCCUUUUGUGUACUGUUGGUUGAAUGAAACUUUCAGAGCGGAAGUGAAAUCUUGCUUUGCAUGCUGUAAGCGGCAUAGGCGUGUACAUCCGGGUGUUGAAAUAGAUGGAAUACUACUACGUUCUGAUAAGUUAAACAGUUAUAGAAGUAAAACUUUCACAAGCAUGGUGCGCUCAACGUCAAAUUUCAGUUCAAUUAAAAUACACAAAAUUGACAAGGGCGAACGAGAACAGGCAUUUUUAGCUCGCGAUGCGACGCAGUUAAUUGAAAGAGACACAUCUCCUGCGGCCCCAAUGAUUAAGACUGACGACAAUCAGAACUCUACGUUGCAAUGAUACAAAUGGAAAAUAAUUCACUGAAAUAAACCCGACUCAUAAAAUUUCAGAAAACAGUGCAACUAAAGCAGUGAAGGCUGAGUAUAGAUUCAUAUGAUAUUUGAAUAAAAACAGAACUUGUAAUUAAUGGCAAUUUUUAAAUAAUGAAAUGGCAGUUGAAAUUAAAGGUAUGCUAGAGGUA